AUGGAGGAGCUUAGAAGUGAAACGGAAACGACGAUUAAAAACUUUUUGAUCUAUUCAACAAUGAAAGUUAUUGAUGAAGAUAAAUUUGUUAUUUCAAAAUUGGACAGCAUCAAUAGAGAGAAAGAUGGAUUCAAGGAAUUUGUUGAAAAAUCUAUAGCUGAGAGCACUAAAUUACAUGUUUUUGCUGAAAGUUUAAUUGUUUUUGCUGAUAGUUGUGAAGAUCAUAGCAUCGACCAUGCAGAUUUAUUGGUUGCUUUGAAAACGUUAAAAGAUGACGCUAUUAAUAAUAGAAGGAGUGCUAUCGAAUUGAAAUCAGAAAUAACACAAAUCAAGAGAAAUCUUGAAAACAUUCAUAUGGAAUUGAUUAAAUAUAAUGAAAAGAUAUUAAGAAAUGAAAAAGAUAUGAUGUCAACUACUCGAGACAAAUUGAUUAAAAAAGGAACUCAAAUUGAGAAUUCAAGUUCUAUAGCUAAAAAAAGUUUGAUUGCAGCAGGAGCGGGGCUCGGUGUAUCGUUGUUAGCAUUACCGUUUACUGGUGGCGUGUCAGCUGUUGCAGCUAGUUUAGAAGUAACUAUUUGUGCAGAUAUUUUGUUUGGGCUGGGGUUGGGAACCUUUAGUCUUGGAACAACUAGUGCUGGAGUUUUCAAGGGCAUACCUACUGCACAAUAUUAUUAUAUUAAUUAUAAGUUACAAGGUGAAAGAGAUAAAUUGACCCAUCAAGUUGGUGAAUUGAAUAAAGGAUUGGCUGGUGUUUAUGAUGUUCUUAGUAAAUUUGAAUCACGUUUAAGUGAUCAAGAAGUUUAUAUAAGUGAUUUGAUUAAGAAAUUGGAAAAGCAUGAAUAUGGUAGUAAUGGAAGAAUACCAAGAAUUAUUGCAAGAAUUAUUGCUAAAUCUUGGAAGAAAAUUUCACAAGAAGCAUUGCAAUAUUCUUCUAUCAUGAGAAAAUUGCUUCAAGAUGAUUCCAAAUUAAAUAAUCAACAACUAAAAAUGGUAUUUAUUUGA